CCCCGCUCCGCCCCGCUCCUCCGGGCGCUUCCGGGGCAGGCGGCGGCGGCCGGGGGAUGAUGCUGCUGCUGCGGCGGGCGGCGGCGCGGGCGGGGGCCCCGCUGCUGCGGCCGGGUCCCGGCUCCCCAGGCAAAGCCUGUCUGAGCCACACCGAGCCGUGGGCCCAGGAUGGACGCAGCGGGGAGGAGGAGGAGGAAGGGUGCUACCAGCUGUACCCUGGGCACAUCCCCACCAGCCCGCUGCAGAAAGCGCUGCUGGCUGCCGGCUCGGCGUUCAUGGCUCUCUACGACCCCUACAGACACGACAUGGUGGCAGUCCUUGGAGAGACCACAGGCUGCCUUGCCCUGCCUAACCUGCGAGACAAGAUGAAACACCACCCUGAAGGUUACCGCAUCCUCCAGGAACGGCCUCGCAUCCGUCUCUCCACCCUGGACAUGGCCAGGCUGCGGGGGCUGCCGGAUGGCUCACUGGGCCGCGAGUAUGUCCGGUUCUUGGAGGACAAUAAGGUUUCUCCAGACACCCGGAUGCCGCCCAAGUUUGUUGAUGAUGAAGAGCUGGCGUAUGUGAUCCAGCGGUACCGAGAAGUCCAUGACCUGAUGCACACCCUCCUGGGCAUGCCAACCAACAUGCUAGGUGAGGUCGUGGUGAAGUGGUUCGAAGCCAUCCAGACGGGGCUGCCCAUGUGUGUCCUGGGAGCAGCAUUCGGCCCUGUCCGUCUCAGCGCACGAAAGCUGCAGGUCCUGGCCACUGAGCUGGUUCCCUGGGCGAUUCGGAGCGGGCGCAACGCCAGCUGUAUCCUGAAUGUUUACUAUGAGCAGCGCUGGGAGCAGCCAGUGGAGUCCCUGCGGGAGGAGAUCGGCAUCUUCCCUCCCCCGGCCAUUAGAGUGGCUCUAGACUGCCGGUGGCUGGAGUGCAGAGCUGUCGGAUGCAAGGGCAGAGAGCCAUGAGGCCAGGGGCUCUUUGUACAUGUGGGUUUGCUGUUGCAAUUCCUUCUUGCUUAAUAAAAUCCAUGAUGGAG